UUUUGUUCUUGGAUUAGCAAGAACUUGUACUUUGUAAGAACAAUCAGGUUUUAUAUAUAGAUCUGGUAUAUCAUCUAAGUUACUGUAUUCAGAAAAAUAUGGCCUCGGCUACUAUAUCACCAACCGAAGACGAUGAAUUAACUUUACCUCGUGCAUCGAUCAAUAAAAUGAUCAAGGAAAUUUUACCACAUGUACGUGUAGCGAAUGAAUCCCGAGAAUUAAUAUUAAAUUGUUGUACAGAAUUUAUUCACUUACUUUCUUCUGAAGCAAAUGAAAUUUGUAAUCAACAACAGAAGAAAACUAUAAAUGCUGAACAUGUUCUUCAAGCACUCGAAAAACUUGGAUUUGGAGAUUAUAGUGCUGAAGCGGAGGCAGUUUUGCGAGAUUGCAAGGCUGUCGCAGCUAAACGAAGACGUCAAAGCACUAGAUUAGAAAAUUUGGGAAUUCCAGAAGAAGAACUUCUUAGACAGCAGCAAGAAUUAUUUGCAAAGGCAAGAGAAGAACAAGCAGUAGCAGAACAACAGCAAUGGCAACAAUUACAAGCAGUUGCACAAAUGGCUUCAAUGCAACAAGUCGAUAGUGAACAAGAAGAUUACUCGUAAAAGUUUAUAAUUUUGUAUUGAUGUAUUUAAUCGAUUCAUUGACAACAAAUAAGAGAUAAUUGUUUUCAUUUUAGCAAAUUUAAAAUAAUUGCAACAAUAUAUCACUUUAAUUUUUCUUUGAUUUAUUCAUUACAUAUUAUUACUUAUACAUAACAUAUACAUAACUUUCAAAAAUGCCA